UGUGUCAUGGUUCUUGCACUGCUUGGAGUGAUCUCAUGAGGCUCACUGAAGAUGUCUUUCUUCAGAUGAGCCGGAAGAUCAAGCAGCUGGAGAACGAGAAUCAUCGCUUGGUGAGGCAGGCUGCCUUACAAAAGACAAGGGAAGCGACAUUCCGGUCUCACUUGCACAAGUUCUUCACUGCGGACCAACUGGCAGCUCUAUCGAGAUCCAGCAACAGGGGGUCCAAGUGGUGUAAUGAGACGGUGAAGAAGUCGCUGCAGAUGCGAUCUGCAUGUGGCAGCUUGGGCUACGACUUGCUACUGGAGGGGAGCUUCCCAUUGCCGUCGUCUAGAACUCUGGGGCGGCGGCUUGAAGGUGAGCACUGCCCUACGGGUCCUCAGUCACUCCACAGCCACUGCCCUGCGCUUCCUGGUGGAGAAUCAUGGCUGGAGCACCAACUUCCUCACCACGGCUUGGUUCUUGGAACAGUACCUGAAGGCGUCCAAGGCAGGGUCCUACGAACUGGACGAUGCCUCCUUUUACCUGGCUGACCUCGCAGACUUGGAUGUACA